GGCGAGCGCUUCCCUGUGAAGAUGGCGGCUCCCUUGACUCUGCUGCUGAUUGUAGGGGUUUCUAUCCGUUUAUUUCUGUUCAGAUCCAGUUUAGCGGAUAUUAUCGCAGAGAGGGUGGAAGUCGUAUCUCCACUGACCGCCUGGAAGAGAGUGAUAGAAGGUUUGGCUUUGCUGGACCUUGGAGUAUCCCCGUACUCUGGAGAUAUUUUCCAUGAGACGCCUCUCAUCAUAUAUUUAUUUCAUUUUGUGGUGGACUAUGCCGAGAUAACAUUUAUGUUAGCCGAUGUCAUCACUGCGGUGGCUUUAUAUUUGGCAGUUAAGGAUUACAACACACAAGUGUUGAAAAAGCAAAGAUUUGAGCUGGAGGCAGACCGUUAUCCCAUGGACUGUCUAGAGCUGGUCCGGAGCCCCACGCAAAUGUAUUAUAUCCCUCUCAAGGUCGCCAUGGUUUACAUGUUGAACCCUUUCACCAUUUUGUCCUGUGUUGCCAAAUCCACAUGUGGACUCAACAAUGCCGUCCUGGGCCUUUUCUUCCUCUGCACUAUUAAAAAAAAUACUAUGUUGAGUGCCAUAUUUCUGGCCCUGGCCACGUAUCAGUCCAUCUACCCCAUCACUCUCUGUGCUCCAGCCAUGCUCUACAUAAUGCAGCGGCUGUACAUUCCAGUGAACUACCGCUGGGCCAGUUUUUGGUGGUUCGUGGUUCAGUACCUCUUCAUUUACUUGGGCAGUCUGUUCGUUAUCAUCUGCCUCUCCUUCUUUCUGCUGGGCUCCUGGGACUACAUACCAUCUGUCUAUGGAUUCAUUUUGUCUGUUCCAGACCUGACUCCAAACAUCGGCCUCUUCUGGUAUUUUUUCGCUGAGAUGUUCGAACACUUCAGGCUGUUCUUCCUCUGUGUUUUUCAAAUCAAUGUCUUCUUCUACACCAUUCCUCUCUCCAUCAAACUCAAGGAGCACCCAGUGUUCCUGAUGUUCAUGCAGUUGGCCGUGAUGUCCAUCUUUAAAUCUUACCCCACAGUGGGAGACAUAGCUCUGUACCUGUCCCUCCUCCCACUCUGGAGCCACCUACACAGAUUCCUGAGAAACAUCUUCCUGGUCACAUGUGUGCUGAUCGCCUGCUCUGCUCUGUUCCCUGUGCUGUGGCAUCUGUGGAUCUACUCUGGCAGUGCCAACUCCAACUUUUACUACGCCAUUACACUACUGUUCAAUGUGGCUCAGAUUCUCCUGGUGUCAGACUACUUCUACGCCUUCUUACGGAGAGAGCACCACCUCACGUAUGGACUUUACCUGAAGAAGAAGGACGGGUCAGAGGCCACACUCGUUUUAAAAUAACUCUUAAAGACCUCUUCAGUCACAUUUGACCAAGCAGACCAGCCAGUGGACAGCACAGGCGAGUAUUAUCCUGUAAGGGAAUGGCAUCUCACCACACAGGACGAAAUGAUACCAAACUCCUGGAACGGUGUUGGUGGAAGAUGCUGGUAGACUGAACGUAUUAAGCCCAACAAAAAUGUGGGAUGUAGACUAUGCCUUUUUUACUUUGACAUGUUUGUAACUUCCUCUAAAUAAACAUAUAUAUAAUGCCAGGGUUUUAUUUUGAAAACCUUCCUUCCUUCUUGCAAGAUGUUGUUGUUGUCAGUUUAUGCUGAAAUAAUUCCUGGAAACUAAGUUGUGUGCACAAUAUUUUUUUGUUUUCCACCAGUUCUUUUGAAUCAACACUGGACGUUUUUACUCAUAGGAAUGUUGUUACGAAUGUUCAAAUUUCAGCAAUUUAUUAUAGUCUCUUACAUGAUUUAAUACAUUGUUUAAAGAAGGGUAUUAAGCAAAAUCUACUUUAUGAAGCUUUCUACCAUGUUAUAGCAUUCCCUCAUCAAAAACAUGAGGUUUUAGGUGUCAUCCGUGCAUGUUUCAUUCAUUUUGUGAUCUCACCUGGACACGAUUUGAACCCUCCUUCCGGUUAGCAGUAUGAUCCCACCCAAUGGUCAGGCCAUGUAACCAUACUCCCUCACGACAAUGAAACAGGACACAAAACAAGACAAACCUGAUGCAAUAAGCAGUAGUUUCAUUAGUGGAAUGCAUGCAGAUUGUAAUGUAAUUGCGCUUUAAAGGAGGAGAGACUUGGCGUGGGGAACAAAGGGACAAAGGACUGUAAAAAUUAUUAAACAUGAUAUGUUGAUUUUGGCUGAUAUAGCAUUUUAACAAAACAACAAAAGGUAACAUGGUGAUCUAAGUAAGUUAUGUUUUAGCAAUGAAUAUACCAUAGAAGUUACCUUGAAAACCGUGUGCCUUUACGUCAUCAAAUAUAAUUGUCCUGCAUAAUUCUAGGCCCUUUUUCUUCUUACUGCCAAACUGGAAUAUUAUUGUAAACAAAAAUGAGGAAAAUACCAUUUUAAAAUGAGCUGCAUGUGUCUUUUCAAUACCCAAUUUUAACAUUGACCUAAAAAUAAUGGAUUUUUCAUGCUUAAAGAUAUACCUUUAUUCGUCUUAAUUAUAAUGUCUUUUGGUACUUGGGGAACUAAUGGUUAAGAUUGUAUUAACAUUGAUUUUUGAACACAUAUAAUAUUCAACCACUUUAAUUCAAAAUAACAGCUCUUGUUGCAAAUUUUACUAUGCUAUAAUUACUGUACUUUUUAAUUAGAUUUUUUUUUUCUCAAAUACAAAUUUAUGUCCCCUUGUUUUUGUGAAGGCUAAUGAAUGAAUGAAUGAAUGAUGAUGUAAUAUUUAUUUUGCUGCACUGUAAAGAGAUUUAUUUUGUGUUUGCUGUUUUGAUACUGUUGCUUUAAAAAAUAAAUUAAUAAAUGUUGGGUUUAUUAAAACAUUUACUAAUAAUUAUGAUUAAAAAAAUUUGUUUGCCACAGCUUUGUAUUUAAAUGUAAGUGCUUGUCUCCUGUGGAACAUUCCUGACAAGGCAGACAAGCAGUUGGCACCAGUGGAUCCAGCAGAGGAAAAGUUAUAUUGCAACUCUAAUCCUAGUGUAGUUUUUAUCAGUGAAGAAUACUGCUCCAUAGGCACAUUCAGUGGUGCACACGUGGGUGAUUCCAUGGGUUACCCGAGCUAAACACAUGUACAUGAGCUCAGAGUGGGAGAUAAUUUCCCAUUUGUACCUUCCUGGUUUGGGUAGCAGGGAAAUAAUUGCUAAAAUCAUACUUUUGGCAAAGUCUGGAAGCCAUAUAAAAAAUAUAAAAUUGAAAGAAAUGGAGACAGGACAUUCUGAAAAAAACUUCCUGUCCAGGGAGCUUUAAUGGCUCAUUUUAUUUAUCUUUCACUUUCACUGUAUGUAUUGAUUAGAUAAGAUGAUAGAUUGAUUUUAUUCAUGUGUCAAAUAUUGCAUUGUUGACUUGUAUAUUGUGUCAAGAUGGAAACCGAUCAGACACAUGGGAAUAUAACUGUAGAAUGAACAACUUAAGAUUCAAAUUGCAAAUGUUUAAAUGCCUUUAUUUGACCAAAACGUCUCACUGCAGAAGCCAAACUGAUAUGCAACGCUCUUGAUUGCAAUUCUUCACAGUAUUAAUCUGGGACAGCUCUCACCUAGGCCAUGAUAAUCUAUUGGUUUGCUUUAGUCUUGUACUUUCUUCCUCGUGAUUGGUCCAGUGGCUCCAGGACCUUCUUGCUGUGAGGCUAGUAUGUUAUUCCACAUUUGUACCAACUGUAUUUCUGCUUUAUAAAUGUCUAUGCAUUUUUGUGAGCUGUAGCCUCUCUCCCAUCUUAAGUUUAUUCUGCCCCUGACUAUGACCUCUGUGGGAUCAAAGGUCAUAUGACUUUGUCCCUAUCCUCCUGAAUUAAUACCAC